UAAUUUUCUCAGGUGUUUGGAUGGUUUAAAUUUGCACAAAAUUACAACGCUCAAGUAAACGAAGUUAAAAUCAUUGACCAGUUUUAAGUCAACAUUAUGAAUAAUGAUUGUGAUGUUGUAAAUAAAAGGUUACUUGAUUUUUACAAUAAGCAACAAAAUUCCGUUUCAAAUGUGUUCUUUCAAGGUGACAAUGUAGACGAGAAAAGCAAUACAAUUAAUACUCCAAGUGUUCGUGAAAUUUUCCCGAUACUUCCAAUUGAAUCUCCCUAUUAUAGAGGUUCAACAUCAACCCAUCAAAAGGAUUGCAGAUCAACAGCAAUAACUUUAUCCAGUUAUGAGCCAGUCUCAUCGAGUGGACCAGUUCGUGUUUUUCCUGAACGGAUUAGGAAGCGAAUGGUCCUUAAAAAUGGUGCCAUUAAUUUAUCCCAGGAAAAGGUUAAGAAACGCAAUCGUCGUUAUCUUCAAGACACUUUAACAACAAUGGUUGAUCUUAGGUGGCGUUACAAUCUGUUGGUUUUUUUUACCGGUUUCAUGUUGAAUUGGUUCACCUUUGCUUGUUUAUGGUACGGUUUGGCUUUUAUUCACGGUGACAUUGGCAACGAACCACCUAAAGGCAAAUGUAUUGUCGGUGUGUCUACCUUUCUCUCUGCGUUUUAUCUUUCAUUUGAAAGUCAAGCGACCCUUGGCUUUGGUAAACGCUAUCCAAGAGAUGAUUGUUUUGAAGGUGUCUUAUUGUUGUGCUUUCAAGCUAUGGUUGGUUCCAUGAUUCAAUGUUUUGUGGUUGGCUUUGUGUUUGCUAAGCUUUCCAGGCCAAAAAAGCGUGCCUCAACUUUAAUGUUUAGCCGUGAUGCUGUCGUCUCUCGUCGUGAUGGUAAACUUUGCCUAUUUUUUCGGGUUGGUGACAUUCGUAAUCGUUCCUACAUCAUUGAUGCCUCUAUUUCUGCCAUUUUUAUUUCCAAAAAGGUGACCAAAGAAGGUGAAAUAUUGCCUUAUUAUCAUGAACAGUUGAAGGUGCGAUUUGAAAAUUGUGGACCUAAAAUACUUCUCAUGUGGCCAGCAAUGAUAAUUCACGACAUUGAUGCAACAAGCCCAUUCUAUUGGAUGAAUCCGGAGCAAUUGUCUAAAGCUAAAUUUGAAAUUAUCCUCAUGUUGACUGGUGUAAUUGAAUCGACUGGUCAAACAAUUGAAGCUCGCACCUCUUAUUUACCGAGUGAAAUUUUCUGGGGACGAAGGUUUUGCCAAGUUGUUGAUUAUCGUAUGGAUAUUGGACAGUAUCGAGUCGACUACAGUAAAUUUGAUGCUACCUAUGAAGUGAAUACUCCUAAUUAUUCAGCAAAGCAGUUGGGCUUGAGAGGCUCAGUUACUAGUUUUAGUGGCAACCAACCUGUACCCAAUGAUAGACCCAGAAAGAGUACCAUUGAGGAAUACGAUGACGAUGUCUUCCUAUGAUUUAAAUGCCGAGGAAUGUUAACUUUGAAUCGACUCAAAUUUCAACCCUUCAUAAUGGCAAAGAGAUGUCGCAUUAAAUUUGGAUAAAUCAGUUUGUUGUGAUUUCUUUUUGAUCAACUUUAUUGAAAAUGUAAAUUAAUUGAGAGGUUAGCAUGUCGAUUCAUAAAUUUGUACAUAAUUUUGCUACUUCAAGUUGAAUAAGAUCUACCUCUUCAAUAAUCAACGAAAUCAGUGCUGAGACAGACAUUUGUAACUGCUGAUCAUAAUAAUAAACAUCUUCAAGAUGAAAAGAA